CUUUUUUCUUUUUGUAGGAGUUGACGCAGAGAGGGUCGAUUGAACACUGUAUCGCAGUGUUCCGGUGGAUGAAGAACCAGAAGAACUACUGUGCGCGUAAUGAUAUAUACAACAUGAUGAUUAGGUUGCAUGCUAGGCAUAACCGAACUGACCAGGCGCGUGGAUUGUUCUUUGAGAUGCAAGAAUGGAGGUGUAAACCUGAUGCUGAGACUUAUAAUGCUCUUAUCAAUGCGCAUGGUCGAGCUGGACAGUGGCGUUGGGCGAUGAAUAUCAUGGAUGACAUGCUGCGAGCUGCUAUUCCACCAAGCCGGUCAACUUAUAACAACUUGAUAAACGCCUGUGGCUCUAGUGGAAAUUGGAAAGAAGCACUUAAUGUUUGCAAGAAAAUGACAGACAAUGGAGUUGGGCCUGAUCUUGUUACACACAAUAUUGUGUUAUCUGCAUUUAAAAGUGGGGCUCAGUAUUCAAAAGCUCUGUCUUAUUUUGAACUAAUGAAGGGAACUCACAUUCGUCCUGACACAACUACCCUUAACAUUAUUAUCCAUUGUCUUGUGAAGCUUCAACAAUAUGACAAAGCCAUCGAUAUUUUCAAUUCCAUGAGGAGAAAUAAGUCUGAUUGUCGUCCUGAUGUUGUAACUUUUACCAGCAUCAUACACUUGUAUUCUACAUGUGGGCAAGUUGAAAAUUGCGUGGCUGCAUUUAAUAUGAUGCUUGCAGAAGGGCUGAAACCCAACACAAUCUCAUAUAAUUCAUUAAUUGGUGCAUAUGCUGCUCGCGGGAUGGACAAGGAGGCACUUGCGGUUUUCAAUGAGAUCAAACAAAAUGGUUUCUGGCCAGAUAUUGUGUCCUAUACAUCUUUGCUUAAUGCUUAUGGAAGAUCACAAAAGCCUCAAAAGGCAAGGGAAAUAUUUGCAAUGAUAAAGAAAAACAGAUUGAAGCCUAACAUUGUUACUUACAAUGCACUAAUUGAUGCCUAUGGAUCUAAUGGUUUGUUGGCGGAGGCAAUUGAAAUAUUGCGUGAGAUGGAACAAGAUGGAAUUUAUCCAAAUGUUGUCUCAAUAUGCACUCUCUUGGCUGCCUGUGGGCGGUGCAGUCAGAAGGUGAAGAUUGAUACAAUCCUAUCAGCAGCUGAGAUGCGAGGCAUUAAAUUGAAUACGGUUGCCUAUAAUUCAGCUAUAGGAGCCUAUAUGAAUGUGGGGAAAUAUGACAGAGCUGUAGGCUUGUAUAAAUCUAUGAGGAAGAAAAAUAUAAAACCUGAUUCUGUUACUUACACUGUGUUGAUAAGUGGUUGUUGUAAUAUGUCAAAAUAUAGUGAAGCCCUAGUUUUCAUGGAAGAAAUGAUGCAUCUUAGACUAACUUUGUCCAAAGAGGUCUACUCUUCUGCCAUAUGUGCUUACAGCAAACUGGGACAAGUCAUAGAAGCAGAAUCCACAUUCAACUUGAUGAAAUCAUCUGGUUGCUAUCCUGAUGUAGUUGCAUACACUGCAAUGCUUGAUGCAUACAAUGCAGGAGAGAAUUGGGAAAAGGCAUAUGCACUCUUUGAAGAAAUGGAAGUAAAUGGCAUCAAGCUAGAUACGAUUGCAUGUGCUGCCCUGAUGAGAGCUUUUAAUAAAGGUGGUCAACCAGGAAGGGUCCUCAGUCUUGCAGAAAGUAUGAGAGAAAAAGAUAUUCCUUUCAGUGAUACCAUUUAUUUUGAAAUGGUAUCUGCCUGUAGCAU